GAGAGACAGUGACACACUACAGAGACACAGAGAGAGAGAGAGAGAGAGACAUGUCCUCUGUGUGGAAUACACUACAGCUAGUGACAACACACUGCAGACACCAUGGACUCUGAAUCUUUGGACCGGUGCAUCCAGACUGCUCUCUCAGCCCUCUACCCCCCCUUCCAGGCCACAUCCCCGACCGUCCUCUGUCAGGUCCUCAGCGUGGUGGAGAGCUGCUACAGAGGAGACGGCCUUCGCUACCUAAUCCACUUCCUGCUGCCUGCAAAACAACUGUUAACGGACCUCCAGCAAAAUGCCUGCUUGCAGUACUGUGGUCUGUUGUUUCGUCAUGAAGGCUGGCCUCUGUGCGUCCACGAGAAGGUAGUUGUUCAGCUUUGUCCUCUGGACCAGCGCCUCCUCCGUCCAGGAGACUUCUACCUGCUGGUUUCUCCUCCCGCUGCUGCUCCUCCUCCUCCCCGAGCACACAGCGCCUCCUGCAGGAGAGCCGUCACCUCCUCCCCCCGCCUGCUCCUGUGCAGCGUGUCCGCCGGCAGCCGUCAUGUGGAGCAGCAGGAGAUGUCGGAGAUAGCCCUGCGGUCCCUCUUCAGCAUGGCCUGGCUGGACUCCGUCAACAGGGAGAGGGAGCAGCGAGGAGCGCCGAGGCUGGAGCGCUGCCUCCUCUCCGCCCGCGGAGACGUCUUCAGGGUCCCCUGGGAGGACCUGGUCUACCCACAGCUCAUCAGCCGGCCCCAGACCUCCCCGAAGGAGGAGAAGGAGUCGUCCGUUAAGGAUGGAGAUAUGUUGAUUAAUCCCAAUCCGGGAUCCUCAAGACAGGAAGUAGAGCUCCUCCAAUCAGCAGCGAGCGGCGACAGCGAGGACUCGGAGGGCGAGUACGUGGAGCUGACGGAGCUGCCUCGCUUCUCCCCACAGAGAGGCUCCUUAACCCAGUCCAUCAGUCUGCAGCACCGAGCCCGGACCGGCACACACACCGCUGCACACACACCUCACAACACACACACACACUCUGAAUCUACACACACACCUCACAACACACACACACACUCUGAAUCUACACACACACACACACACACUCUGCUGCUGCACACACACCUCAUACUGCUGCACACACACCUCACAACACUCACACACACUCCUCCUGGCCCUGUGUGGAGGUCAGCUCCCACACCUCAGUUUGCUCCAGACAUUGAGGAGAACCUGAUCCAGGACUCCUGUGGACCUGUCAUCCUCACCCCCAUCUCCUCCACCUCCUCCUCUGCUCCUCCUGGAGUCGUGGGAACCUCCAGGCAGACGUCACAGGAGCAAAUAGGAGGUACUGAUUCAAGCAUAAGUCUGAAGUUAAACACUGAACCUGAAAGCAGCACAGAACAGAGCAAGGAGCAGGAAGAGGAUGAGAGAGGGAAAGAGGGGCAGACAAAGGAAAUGAGGGAGGAGAGAGAGCUGAUGAAGAGGCAGGAAGGAAAGCAUGAAAUGGUAGUGUCAGAUGAUGAAGGUGAGGAGAAGGAAGAACAAACGCUGGAGGAUGCAGAGUGUAGGAAGGAUGAAGGUUUACUUAAUGAAAGUGAAGAGACAGAGGAAGAAUUGGAUGAGGAAGGAGACGAGGAGUUAGAGGAGGAAGGAGCAGAUGAGUUAGAGGAGGAAGGAGCAGAGGAGGUAGAGGAGGAAGGAGCAGAGGAGGUAGAGGGGGAAGGAGCAGAGGAGGUAGAAGUAGAAAUAGAAGAAGAGGUUCUAGUUACAGUUAUGCAGCAGAGUCAAAAAAGAAGGGAGGAGGAGCAAGUGAUGACAGAAGAUGACACAGAAGGAGGGGAGGAGGAAGAGACACACUCCCAGGACUCUUAUUCUGAAAAUAUUACACAAAACACACACUCUAAGGACUCUUGUUCUGAAAAUAACACACUACAAACACUCUGUGAGGACUCUUACUCUGAAAAUAAUACAGAACACACACACUCUGAGGACUCUUAUUCUGAAAGUAAUAGACAAAACACACACUCUGAGGACUCUUCUUUGGAAAAUAAAACACAACACAAGCACUCUGAGGACUCUAAUUCUGAAAAAAGCCUUCAAACACUCUCUAAGGACUCUUAUUCUGAAAACAAAACACUCCAAGCUAACUCUGGGGACUCUUAUUUUGAAAAUGUGAGACAUCAAACACUCUCUGAGGACUCUUAUUCUGAAAACGUGAGACAUCAAACACUCCAUGAGGUCUCUUAUUCUGAAAACAACACACCAGCGAUCAAUCCAGAUUUACUUGAACCUGAGGAGUCUGAAAAAAGGCAGGAAAAACAAGAAGAGAAGAAGGAGGAGGAGGAGGAGGAGGAGGUCAGCGUUGAGGAGGUUGGUGGAGGAAGAACUGCAGAGCUUCAGACUGAAGGCCUCAGCAGACCUCCUGUCCAGUCUCACGUCCCCCUGUCUACUGGUCCCAGUCCAUCAGAACCACAACCACAGCUGGACCAGUCAGCUGCUCCCACAGUCCCAGUACGGCUCACCCAGUCCUCCCAGUCCUCCCAGUCCAGCUUCUACACUGUGCUGCUACGCUCUGGAGCGCUCUGUCUGCCCGGGACCAGAGACCGGAGCGGUCGAGCUCUGCUGACGGUCUGCACCAGGAGCUCCGUGUGGUCCAACCCGGACUGUGACAGCGCCGAGCUGCUGCGCCUCCUGCUGUACUACUCCUCCACCCUCAGGAAAGAGGUGGCAGCGUUGGGGCUGACGGUGCUGGUGGAUGCCCGCAGAGCUGCUCCGGUCCCGGCCCUGUUCUCCGCCCUCCGGUCCCUGCAGGAAAACGUCCCCGGCUCCGUCCACUCCGUCCUCCUGCUGGUCAACAAGGACUCAUCUCUGCGUCUGGACAGACCUGCAGCCACGCAGGUGGAGGUGUUCUCUCUGAAGUCUCUUCAGAAACAUGUGGAUCUUCAGCAGCUUCCUGUAGAGUUUGGAGGUUCCUUCAGCUUCAGCCAGAGCAGCUGGCUCUGCUUCAGAUCGAGAGUGGAGCAGCUGACCAAUCAGUGUGAAGACGUCAUCAAGCUGCUGCAGAAAACCAUCAACAUCCUGCAGAACACACCUCUACCUGCUGCAGCACAGGAGGCCGAGCUGCUGCUGUCCAGGUACCAGGCCGUGAUGUGUAGCAUCCUUGAAGACAGCCGAUUGGUGCAGCUGCAGCAGGAGGGCGGAGCCUCGUUGUCGCGGCUACGCAGAGAGGACGGCGGCGUCGACGUGCCGGCAGACCGGCGUUCGGCGGUGGAGACGGUGUCCACGCUGUACGAACAGGUGGACGAGCUGCUGCACCGUCUGGUGACGAUGUCCAACUCCAGGACCCAGGAGCUGAACUUCAUCCUGGACUUCAGGAGCCUGGAGACGGGCUUCAGAGAGGUGAGCUCGUGGCUGCAGGACGUCGGAGAAGUUCGUCUUCAGAGUCUGAAUGAAGCAGAAGAUUCUCUGGAGCUCCUCACCAAGAAACAAGAAGACUUCAAAGAGUUCCACACCAACGCUUAUGAGCGCUGCAGACGAGGUGAGGAGCUGCUGAGUCGUCUGGAUCGUUGGGGUCACAUGACGUCAGCUGACCUGCAGGUCUACGAGGUCAAAGUUCACUCUUUCUGGGCUCAGCUUCAGGACUUCUCCCAGCGGGUCAACACCACGGGUCAGAACAUGGAGCGGGCCGUCGGGCUCUACAGCUUCUUAGACCAGGCCUAUGGCUGGGCGUUGGAGGGAAUGCGUCAGCUAGCUGCUGUCAGCAUGGAGGACUGCACGCUGCCGGACAAAUGCCAGGCUGUGAUUGGCUGCCUGGAGGACUACCGCCGCCAGCACCCACCAAUCACAGACGAGCGUUUCCAGGAGAUGAAGGCGGCGGCGGGCGGGCUGCGUGGCGAGCGAGGCCUCCGUCAGUGGAGCUUCGCCUGGUCCAAAUGUCAGGAGACCAAGAAGAUGUUUGACAGGAAGAUGGAGGCGGCGCUCAGGACGAGAGACUCCGCCCACAGGCAGCGCUCUGACUCCACCCACAGCAGAAGCUCCGCCUCCUCCAGGAGAUCACUGACAGGACUCUGGGGGCUCCACGGGACCUCCUCCUCGUCCUCCUUAUGCCCCCAUGAGGAGGACAACAACACCUCCUCACCUCCUCGUAACAGCUCCUCAUUGCUCUCCCCAUCCUCCUCCUGCUCCCUCCUGCUCUCCCCAUCCUCCUCCUCCUCCUCCCCCCCCUGCUCCCCUCCUCCUCCCCCUGCUCCCCUCCUUCUCCUCCUCCCCCCGUCACCCCCCACCACACCCCGCUCCUCCAGCGUCUGUUCCACAGCGCCUCCUUAGAG